CGCCCGCCCGCGGGGCCCGGUGAGGCCCGCGCCCGCACCAUGUUGCUGGUGGAGAAGACCACGGACUCGCCCGCGGCCGAGUUCUCGCUGGUGGAAGACGUGGCCCUGCACUUCGCGCGGCUCAUGGGCCGCCUCAACGAGCAGCGCCUGUUCCAGCCGGACCUGUGCGACGUGGACCUGGUGCUGGUGCCGCAGCGCAGCGUGUUCCCCGCGCACAAGGGCGUGCUGGCCGCCUACAGCCAGUUCUUCCACGCGCUCUUCACGCAGAACAAGCAGCUGCAGCGCGUGGAGCUGUCGCUCGAGGCCCUGGCGCCCGGCGGCCUCCAGCAGAUCCUCAACUUCAUCUACACCUCCAAGCUGCUGGUCACGGCCUCCAACGUGCACGAGGUGCUCAGCGCCGCCUCCCUGCUGCAGAUGGCCGACGUGGCCGCCUCGUGCCAGGAGCUGCUGGACGCCCGCUCGCUGGGCACCCCGGGGCCCGGCCCCCCGGCCUCGGCCUCCUCCUGCAGCCCCGCCACGCCUCCUUACUACUGCGACAUCAAACAGGAGGCCGAGCCUCCACCGGGCCUGGCGAAGAUCUACGCCCGCGAGGGGCCCGAUCGCUACUCGGUGCGCGUGGAAGAUGCCACGGACACCGGGCCGCCGCCCUCCCCCGGCCCCCGAGGCGGCCCCGGCGCCCGCUGGGGCCGUGUGCAAACAGGAGACGGAUGGAGGCCCGGCGGAGGAGGCCGCGGCCCUCCCUGGGGCGGCCUGUGCAAAGUGGAAGGCGCCGGGGGGGACGUCGGGGUGCAGGCGGCAGCCUACGGCCGCCAGGAGCAGUCGCAGAUCAUCGUGGAGGUGAACCUCAACAACCAGACGCUGCACGUGUCCACGGGCGCCGAGGCCACGGAGGCCACGGAGGCCACGGCCUCCACCGACCUGUCCACCAUGGUGCUGGCCAGAGAGGCCGGGCUGCCCAGGGCCCAGGAGGAGGAGGAGGAGGAGGAGGAGGAGGAGGAAGGUGGAGAUAGCGCAGCUGGAGAAGAGGAGGAGGACGAGGAGGAGGAGGAAGGAGGCAGCCACGAGGAGGAGGAGGAAGCAAGUCCCGAGGACGAGGAGGAGGAGGACGAGGAGGAGGAGGAGGAGGACCCCGAGAGCUCCGAGGAGGUGGACGCCCAGGGACGGGGGCCUCCGGGGAGCCCCCGCGCCCCGCCCCACGGCCGCAUGGCCACGCGCUCGCGUGAGCACACGCAGCCCGGGAGGCCCCCCGAGCCCCGCGACCCCCCGCCCCGCGGCCGGCAGCCCCAGCCCCCCGACCACGACGCUGACGACGGGCCGGCGGGCGCCGCGGCGAAGGCGGAGAGGCCGCCCCACGCGUGCCACAAGUGCCCGCGCGUGUUCAACAACCGCUGGUACCUGGAGAAGCACAUGAACGUCACCCACAGCCGCAUGCACAUCUGCGACCAGUGCGGCAAGCGCUUCCUGCUGGAGAGCGAGCUGCUGCUGCACCGCCAGACCGACUGCGAGCGCAACGUCCAG